CCCACAGACCUGGGCCUCCUGCUGCCCACCAUGGCCAAAAGUGGAGAGGCCCUGCCACAGGGCAGCCCAGCACCAGUUCAGGAUCCCCACCUCAUCAAGGUGACAGUGAAGACGCCCAAGGACAAGGAGGAUUUCUCAGUUACAGACACAUGCACCAUCCAGCAGCUGAAAGAAGAGAUAUCCCAGCGCUUUAAGGCCCACCCUGAUCAGCUGUUCCUAAUCUUUGCUGGCAAGAUCCUAAAGGACCCUGACUCGCUGGCACAAUGUGGAGUGCGAGAUGGCCUCACUGUCCACCUGGUCAUCAAGAUGCAGCGUCGCACCAUGGGCACUGAGUCUCCAGCUCCUUCAAUCCCUACCUCAGCCCCAAGCCCUGGAACACUAUCUCAGCCAAGCUCCACUUACCCAGCAGAUGGGUCUCCCACCUUCAGCUUAGGCAUCCUCACAGGUCUCAGUGGGCUGGGCCUGACCUCUGCUAGCUUCCCUGACCAGCCAAGCUCAAUGACGUGGCAGCAUGUGUCUGUGCCUGAGUUUGUGGCUCAAAUCAUUGAUGACCCCUUCAUUCAGGGUCUGCUGUCCAACACAGGCCUGGUGCGCCAGCUGGUUCUUGACAACCCUCAUAUGCAGCAGCUGAUCCAGCACAACCCUGAGAUAGGGCAUGUUCUCAACAACCCUGAAAUCAUGCGCCAGACACUGGAGUUCCUACGCAACCCAGCCAUGAUGCAAGAGAUGAUGCGUAGCCAGGACCGGGCACUCAGUAACUUGGAGAGCAUCCCUGGUGGCUACAAUGUUCUUCGCACCAUGUACAUGGAUAUUAUGGACCCGAUGCUUAAUGCAGUACAAGAGCAGUUUGGUGGCAAUCCCUUUGCUACUGCCACUACCGCUGAUGCCACCACCAGCAGCAGCCAACCUUCAAGGACUGAGAAUUGUGACCCUCUUCCCAACCCCUGGGCAUCCACAUAUGGAGGCUCAGGUGGCAGGAGAGGAAGGCGGCCUGAGGAUCAGGAUAUACCUGACAAUAGAAAUAGAGUCCCCAACUUUCUGGGUAAUAUAGGGCUCUACGACUAUCUCCAGCAAAUACCUGAGAUCCCCCAGUCCCUGGAAACCUACGUACAAGGGACUGCAUCCUCACUCAGCCCAAGCCAGGAACCACCCCCACCAGGAAACAGAGUUCCACCAACUUCACCCUCAUCCCAGGAACCUAGAUCAGGCCCAUCUCUCCCCAAGGAGUCACUAGCAAUCAAGGGAAAGUCCUCCUGCCCAGCUUUCCUGACAUACUCCAUGGAGAACAGGACUGGCCAAGGUGGAAGCCAAGAUAGUGCAGGGAAAGGCUCCUCUGGCCAGAACACCAACAUGCCUGAUCUUGUCUCAGGUCUGGGGGAUUCUGCCAACAGGGUCCCAUUUGCUCCUUCAUCACCUUCACCCAUGGCAGCUACCCCUGGAGUUCCUGAGCCUGCCUGGAUGCCAGCAUCAGCUUAUCCAAGAACUCUGAGGCCAACUGGCAUGAAUCAGGUCCCACAGUUGCAGGAUGAGAUGCGCCGGCAGCUGCCACUGCUGCUGCACCUUCAGGCAGCCAUGGCUAACCCCCGUGCCAUGCACGCCCUGAUGCAGAUUGAGCAGGGUCUCCAGAUCCUGGCUACUGAAGCACCCCGCCUCCUGCUCUGGUUCAUGCCUUGCCCAGGGGGGCUGGGGAGCAUGGCAGGAAGUGUAGAGCCUAGAGGGGACACAAAUAUGCCUGAGGAUCUCCCUCCAAAUCUUGCCCCUGAAGUUCUCCCUGUACAAGGCUCUACCGAGUUGGGCUUCUAUUCAACUUCUUUCCUCCAGAUGUUGCAAACCCUAGCUGGUAAUAAUUCCCAGCACCUGCAGCCUGAGGUUCACUUCCAUGUGCAGCUGGAGCAACUCCGGGCUAUGGGCUUUCUGAAUCCUGAAGCCAAUCUCCAGGCCCUCAUUGCUACGGGGGGUGAUGUAGAUGCUGCUGUGGAGAAGCUGAGGCAGUCAUAG